AUGAUUAGAUCCUUCAUGUCGCCCCAACAGGACAGAGAAAUUCCUUCUCUGCCUCCUGUCUCAUCAGACAAUGCAGACCUCACAGAUGAUGGAACCCACGGAGUGACAAUGAUGUCCACUCACAAGAUUUCCUUCUCCAUAAUUGACAUCUUGGAUCCGAACAAAUUCAACAGCAAAAGGACAAACGAGCUCUCCUUCGCCAAGGAGACGUUUCCUGCGCCGAACGCGGAGGGAACAAGUUUGGAGUGGGACAGCACAGCGGGCGGAGACUUGAAGGAUGAGCACACAGACGCAGAUGAGGACUCCAGGAACCCUGCGGUCGUUCCCGACCCCAGUCUUCACUCUUCACCCUCCUACAAAGAGUCCUGCCUCUCAGGGGAGCAGCAUGACGUAACCAAGGAGACGGAGACCCCCCAGCAGGGGCAGUCAACCCACAAGCGGCGGCGCCCGCCGGAACAGGCGUGCGCCAAGCCGCGGCGCGCCAGGACGGCGUUCACGUACGAGCAACUGGUGGCUCUGGAGAACAAGUUCCGCGCAACUCGCUACCUGUCCGUGUGCGAGAGACUGAACCUGGCUCUGUCCCUGAGUUUGACGGAGACGCAGGUGAAGAUCUGGUUCCAGAACCGGAGGACCAAGUGGAAAAAGCAGAACCCCGGGGCGGACAGCGCCUUGCAGCCCUGCUCCAGCUCCCUGGUCAGUCCGACUCCGGCGACCUGCGGCUCAGGCUCCGGCACCUUCCACCAAAGUUUCUCCAACUUCAGCUCCGGGAGUGUGAUUUUCCACACAGGAGGUGGAGUUCCGCUUUCCUCCACUGGGGGGCUCCUGCAUCCCUUCAUGCCCAGUGGAUUCGUCCAGCCGACUUAUUUUAAUUCACAUCAUUUAUAA